GGUUCCCCACCGACCCCAUCGAUUCCAUUCACGGCUGUCAUCUGCGUGCGCGCGUACCUAAUACCUUUAAUUAUUCUUGACAAAGAUAAAAGAAGCUUCUCCGUUAUAAAAUGCUCCAAAUCGUUGUAACUUUGGCUUUAAUUGUGGCUUCAGUCAGUGCCACCAAUGUACAGCAGUGCAAGAACAAACCGUUUCCACUGGAAGUCAGAAUAAAGGACUGCGAUGAGCCGCCGUGCGUUGUGUACAAAGGCAGCAUUGCCGUCAUGGAAGUUCAAUUCCUGGGCAAUAACAAUAAUAUCAGAAGCAUCACAGCCACCACAACGGCCAAGGUUUUUGGUAUGAAUCUGCCAUAUGUCCUUCCCGAUGAGGUGUCCAAUGUGUGUCAAAACCUUCUAUAUGGCGCCAUGUGCCCCAUUGACAAGGACGAAGAUGUCACCUACGAGUUCAACUUCUACGUGGAUCCUUCGUUCCCGGAAAUCACGGCGGAUGUCACUGUCACACUGAACGAUGCCCAGAACGAACCGAUCACCUGCUUCGUCGUGAGCUGCAGGAUCCGGAAGGGAGCAACUGCUUCGCAGCGGGACGAAUAUCUACUGGACUGGACGAAUCCCAUUUCCGAAUAAACAGACGAUGUACACAGCACCACCGAUUUAGGCCGACUGUUUAUUCCCCCUUAUUUGCCGAACAAUAAACUCAAAACUCUUGCAGCGAUA